UGACGAAGGUUGGGCUGCGGGAUAUAUCCGGGGCGGGCCAGUCGACCGCACACUCGCCUUUCUUUCCCAGCCCGUACCCGCCAUGGACGCGUCCCCGGGCGGCUUCAUCCGCACCGCGCUAGCCCGGCCGUCGCUCAGUCGCGACUCCAGCCUCGCCGUGCCGCCCGACGAGCACCUACGGCGCGCCGGACUCCAGUCCGCUGACAGGGACCACCGGCUCCGGCAGCAGCUCAGCCUGGUCCUGGCCCGGAGGGAGACCGCGACAGGUAGUCUUCAGCAAGCUCUGCCUGAUUACCAGAAAACUGUGUCGUCUCUUGACCGCUUCACAAUCCCACUGCCAGGCAGCAGCUACAGCUUAUCCAAGCACCAGCAUUCCGUGAGAUAUGGAGCGAAGCCGGGUCAGAGCAGGCAGGCCCUUCAGUUCUCCUCCGAGACGAGGAGGUUCCAGACCCAGGGGCUGCAGAGUCAUGCCACCAGACCUUCCUACAGGAUUGAGGUUGCUGUUGAUGACAGCCCUGUCAUGGUGCGCAAUUGGCUGCGGAGGGGACCCAGCUGUCGCAGUGAGAGGUCCAGAGAGAGAAUCCGGGCACUGAGUUGCCGGCAGCGCAGCCCUUCUGCCGGCUGGGUAAGCAAUGCCAGGCUUUCCUCGGGGCACCUCUCCAGGCGCCGGCGGUCAGAAACCAGCAGCUUUUGCGUUCCACCCCUGAUCCGCAGGUCUCUGUCCCACUCGGCCCAGUGGCAGGUCAGACCGAUGCCCGAAGACCCUUCAAGCCCUGACAGUGUUUUCCUUCAUGAUUUCCCCAUGGAUUGCUUCAUGCGACAGCACUCCAGCGUCAGCCAAACCAAGAGCAGCAGUAUCAGGAGGCACCACAGCAGCUCCCUAGUGCAGCAGCUUCAGGGGGUGUCACUGACUAACGGUGGAGAUUCACAAAGCAGGCCGGAGCCUGUGGUGUGCAAGUACAACUGGAACCAAGUCUCAGUCCAGACCAGCGACGCCACUGCUGACACCGGUGCAGUCACCCAGGAGUUAAUUCUACCGGAGACUUCCGCACUUCAAGCCCAGAGCAUCGGUAGUACCUCGGCCUCUCGAGAAGACCACGAAACACAAGGGACGCAGCCCAGUGUUUCUGCAAGUACCAGUGUCGAUGACAAUGGAGAAUGGACGAUGGAAACGGCUGUUUCUGCUCUGACACACGAAAAGAUGGACUACGUGGUGUAUGGAGCCAAUUUUAUCCAACAUGAUUGCUUCCAGAGACCCGAGGCGAAGAAAGAGUUGUACGAGUUGGAUGGAAUCGAGAAGCUGGUCGCUCUGCUGAACAGUGAGGACGCGGAGGUUCAGAGAGCCGCGUGUGCGGCCAUCCGCAACGGGGUGUUCGAGGAGAACAACAGCAAGAUUGAGGUGAAGAAACAUAAUGGACUGCAGAAGCUGGUGGAGCUACUGGGGCAGAGCAAAGACAUCGAGAUCAAGAAACAAGUCACCGGUUUAAUGUGGAAUCUGUCUUCGAGUGAGGAACUGAAGGAUGAGCUGAUCGAAAAGGCCCUGCACCCACUGACAGCGACCAUCAUCGUCCCAUAUGCUGGCUGGCCUGAUGGCGAUGUUAAAAACAUCGAUACGGAUCCCGAUAUCUUCUACAACACCACCGGCUGCUUGAGGAACCUCAGUUCAUCAAGUCCCGAGGGCAGGAAGCAAAUGCGGGAGUGUGAGGGAUUGAUCGACUCCCUCGUCCUCUAUAUCCAGUCCACCAUCGCCAAUAACCAGGAGGAUGACAAGUCCACAGAGAACUCCACGUGUGUGCUGCACAACCUUGCCUUCCAGCUGGAGCACGAGCUGCCCAGUGCCUACGUGGAGAGCUUGGGCUGGAAGAGUGACUCUUCAGCCCAGCAGAAGUCAGCAGGAUGCUUUGGAGCUCGGAGCUCCAAGCUGAAAGAGGAGGGAUCGGUGAACAGUGCGUGUAUUGAGGAGAAGAGGAAUCCACAGGGAGUGGAGUGGCUUUGGCACAGCCUGGUUGUGAGGAUGUACCUCUCCCUCAUUGCAAGGAGCUCUGGUACGUGUACGCAGGAGGCGUCUCUGGGAGCCCUGCAGAACCUGACGGCCAACAGCGGUGUGAUGGGGUAUACCAUUACCGAGGUUAUCACCACAAAAGAGAAUGGAAUCCAGCACCUCCGACGCACUGCACACUCCAAGGAUUUGGGCGUGCAGAAAGCAACCAUCUCCUUACUACGGAACAUGGCUCGAAACCCCAGGGUCCACGACCAGUUAGUCAAGCUGAUCAUGCCGGACCUGAUCUCAAUCCUGCCCGAAGCAGACGCAAGCCCUGACAUCAAUGACGACACGGCCGCCCUCACCUGCCAGGUGCUUUACAACCUCGUCCAGAAUAACCCCGAGCACGCACGCAGCUUGGCCCAUGACGGGCUGGCGAAGAUCAUUGCCUUGAGCAGACGUGGCCAAAACACACCAAGCAAGGCAGGGAGAUCUGCUUCCAACCUUCUCUACACCUUGUGGUUGUUCCGGGAUCUCCACAGUGUCUACAAGAAGGCUGGUUUCACAAAGUCCGAUUUCAUCAACAGUCACACAACCAAGGUGUACCACACUCUCCGGGAUCAGAGGGUGUCAUUCUGAGGCAGGCGUACUAACCUGGUCCAGGGUGCUCCGGGGAGACUGAUCCAGGAACUAUCCCCAAUAACCUGGAUUUAUCGCUCAGACAGACUCGCCAGCCUGGAAGAUUCUAAACAUCAGAUGCUACCAGUUUUCAUGUUAAUAUGGAUUGAAACAGCAAUGAACGAACUGGACCUACCACACAAAAUGUGAUAUAACUGGAUAUGUUGCCUCAUCCGUGGUCCGUCUCUGUAAGAUUUCAAGAUUGUUUAAUGUCAUUUCCAGAACACAAGUGUAAAGGGGAAUGAAAUAAUUGCUACCCUGGAUCUGAUGUAGCACAAAAAAACUGUAAGAUAAAGAACAAAACAAUAAAAACUGCAAUACCACAUCAGUAUAAAUGUGUAA